AUGACUGUUAACGUAAAUGUUUUCGGCAAUUCGACGAACUCCAAUGGUUCUAUGCACAACAUCAAAGUGAAGUCGCCAUCUUCUCUUGCACAUGUGGUAUUUCGCACAUCCAACUACGAUGCUAUGGUCGACUAUUGGCAAGCCUUCCUGGGAGCAGAUAUAACUUUCAAAGACUCCAAUCUGGCUUUUCUACGAUAUGAUCACGAACACCACCGGAUCGCUAUUAUCAGAGUGCCCGGGGUAGGGCCCAAAGUUGCGAACGCAGCUGGUCUUGAGCAUGUUGCUUUCAGCUACGACGGACUACGCGACUUAGUAGACUCUUACCAGCAACGCAAAGCAUUGGGAAUGCAUCCCUUCUGGUGCACCAACCACGGGCCAACAACGAGCAUAUACUACAACGACCCAGACGGUAAUCGAAUAGAAACACAGGUCGAUAAUUUUGACACUGUUGAAGCCGCAAAUGCUUUUAUGACGUCGGAAAUGUUUAAACAAAACCCAAUAGGCACAGAUUUUGAUCCAGAAACCCUGGUACAGCAGGUCGAGGCUGGCGAAGAUGAUAAGCUGAUCAAAACAAGGAGGGAGAUCGGAGUGCGGGGCUUGCCAGAAGGAUUUUGA